AUGGCGAUCUCAGAUUCAGAAUCAACUACAAGCACAGGUUCCCAGGAUAUUGUAACCUUGAUUGAAGAACCGGCGACUAAAGAACAGUUGUCUUAUUAUAGACUCGACUUCAUUAGUAAAGGAAACGCCUACUCUCCCAAAGCUAUUCGGAUUACAUCCCACGCUCUCGUUCGACGUAUCCACUGCGUAUGGUUCACUGUAGAGUGGAGUGACGGCGCAGAGUCAUGGGAACCGGAAUUUGCACUGCAGCGCUAUCAACCAGAGCUGGUCUAUGCGUACUGGGAUGCCAAGAAGGGGGGACGUGAUGCGGCCACGCAAUUCGAUAUGUUCCAUGUGUUUGCGAUUCUUGACCAUGGCAGCAUGUGGAAUCAUGGCAAGAGGUGCGCUAAACAGUUUUCUUAUAAGAUUCAGUGGGUGGGAUAUGAUGAGAAGGAGCACAGCUGGGAGCCAGCGGCCACGAUUGCUGGUAUUGUUCCUCGGAUGAAGAAAGAGUAUGACGAGAUGCAUGGGUUGUGA